GAGUUUCCGCUGUGCUCCGCGUCGCAAGUCCCGGCCGGGAGCUGUGAGACUCGGAGGCGGUAGCGCGGCCCCCCACCCCCCCCCCCGGGCGAGGAGCGAGCGCGCCGGCGUGAGCGGCGGGUGCGAGGGCUGCGGGGAAGGGGAUUCGUCGCCGCCGCCGAGAUGCCGGAGUUCCUGGAAGACCCCUCGGUCCUGACGAAAGAGAAGUUGAAGAGUGAGUUGGUCGCCAACAAUGUGACGCUCCCGGCCGGGGAGCAGCGCAAAGACGUGUACGUGCAGCUGUACCUGCAGCACCUCACGACGCGCAACCGGCAGCCGCUCGCCGCCGGCGCCAACAGCAAGGGGCCCCCGGACUUCUCCAGCGACGAAGAGCGCGAACCUACCCCGGUCCUGGGCUCCGGGGCUGCCGCUGCGGGCCGCAGCCGCGCCGCCGUCGGCAGGAAAGCCACAAAGAAAACUGAUAAACCCAGACUAGAAGAUAAAGAUGAUCUAGAUGUAACAGAGCUCUCUAAUGAAGACCUUCUGGAUCAGCUUGUGAAAUAUGGAGUGAACCCUGGUCCUAUUGUGGGAACAACCAGGAAGCUAUAUGAGAAAAAGCUGUUGAAACUGAGGGAACAAGGCACAGAAUCUAGAUCUUCUACUCCUCUGCCAGCAAUUUCUUCUUCAGUGGAAAAUACAAGACAGAAUGGAAGUAAUGACUCUGACAGAUACAGUGACAAUGAAGAAGGAAAGAAGAAAGAACACAAGAAAGUGAAGUCCACUAGGGAUUUUGUUCCUUUUUCUGAACUUGCAACUACUCCCUCUGGUGGAUUUUUUCAGGGUAUUUCUUUUCCUGAAAUCUCCACCCGUCCUCCUUUGGGCAGGACUGAACAACAGGCAGCUAAGAAAGUACAUUCUUCUAAGGGAGACCCACCUAGGGAACCUCUUAUUGCCACAGCCUUGCCUGGCAGGGAACAGUUGCAGAAGUUAGCCUCUGGAGGGAAUUUGUUUGUUUCCUCCAAGUCUAGCCAUGAUAGAUGUUUAGAGAAAAGUUCUUCGACAUCUCCUCAGCAUGAACUCGCUGCCAUGUUGGUCUCUGCUGCAGCUUCUCCUUCACUGAUUAAAGAAACCACCAGUACUUGCUAUAAAGACAUAGUAGAAAAUAUUUACUGUGGAGAGAAAAGUGGAAUUCAACCAUUAUGUACUGAGAGGUCCCAUGUUUCAGAUCAGUCAGUUCUCUCCAGUGAAAGGAGAGCACUAGAAGAGUCUGAGAGAUCACAAGUAAUUUCUCCACCACUGGCUAAGGCAAUCAGAGAUUACGUCAAUUCUCUGUUGGUCCAGGGUGGAGUAGGUAGUUUGCCUGGGACUUCUAGCUCUACACCCCCACUGGAUGUAGAAAAUAUAUGGAAGAGAAUUGAUGCACCCAAUUUUCGAGAAACAGAAUCCCUGUCUCCUCCACGAAAAUUACCUAGACUCAGUGAGAAGUCAGUAGAAGAAAAGGAUUCAGGUUCCUCUGUGGCAUUUCAAAAUAUACCUGGAUCUGAACUGAUGUCUUCUUCUGCAAAAACCGUUGUCUCUCACUCACUCACUACCUUAGGCAUAGAAAUGUCUAAGCAAUCACAGCAUGAUAAAAUAGAUGCCCCCGAACUAUCUUUUCCCUUCCAUGAAUCUAUUUUAAAAGUAAUUGAAGAGGAGUGGCAGCAAAUUGACAGGCAGCUGCCUUCAUUGGCAUGCAAGUAUCCAAUUUCUUCCAGAGAGGCAACACAGAUAUUAUCAGUUCCAAAAGUAGAUGAUGAAAUCCUAGGGUUUAUUUCUGAAGCCACUCCACCAGCAGGUAUUCAGGCAGCUUCCCCUGAGUCCUGUGAUAAACAGUUGGACUUAGCACUUUGUGGAACGUAUGAAGCUGCAGCAUCAGCAUUGCGGAUUGCAACCCAUACUGCCUUUGUAGUUCGGGCUAUGCAGGCAGACAUUAGUCAGGCUGCACAAAUUCUCAGCUCAGAUCCUAGUCACGUGCACCAGGCACUUGGGAUGCUAAGCAAAACAUACGAUGCGGCCUCAUUUCUUUGUGAAGCUGCCUUUGAUGAAAUAAAAAUGGCUGCUCAUACCAUGGGAUCUUCCACUUUAGGUCGCCGAUAUCUCUGGCUAAAAGAUUGCAAAAUUAAUCCAGAUUCUAAGAAUAAGCUGGCUGUUACUCCCUUUAAAGGCGGAACAUUGUUUGGAAGGGAAGUGUUCAAAGUAAUUAAAAAGCGUGGAAAACGCUAAUAAAAUUAAGAAUAAAGAUACCUAUCUUAUCUUUGAUAUGGGGAAGUUGGUAGCUUUUCUAGGAAUUUGAAGUACUUUUAUGCCAAAAUUUUCUAAGGUCUUUUUAGUCUCCAGAAUAGGCUAAUUUCAAAGUGUCAAACUUCUACCAAUUAAAUUGCAGUAUAAAAGUAAUUGCCUACAUAUAUCUGCCUUUUUUUUUUAGUUGCACAGAAAGAAAGCCUGAUACUAACAGUUUAAAGCUUUUCUAGAUCACAUUUUUUUCUCAAAUAGUUCAGUCUUUCCUAUUUUAAGAUUUUACAACUCUUCAAAACUAAGAAAAUUCCAUUAACUAGAUUAUAAGUUGAGUCUCCAUGGUUUUAAAUAUUACUAAAUAUUUUAUUACUUUCCAGAACUUGUCUACAUAUUUUCUCUUAUUUUCUCACUUGUGUUGUUUUUUACUGUUAUCUACAGUAUCGUUCAUAAUAUUCCAAAUCAGUGCAACUCAGACUGCCAGUCUGCAAACUGUUACUGAUCCACAGAUAAGAUAAGCAUGUACCAGAAUUUGAAUCUAGAUGAAUGACAGGUUUUAUUUUUGUGGUAAAACUUUAUUGGUAGAGGAAAGACAGUGCACUGAUUUACAUGCUGGCGCAAAUGCCUCGUUUUUUCAUGGACUGGUAGCAAACAGUUGGUGGGCUGCACUUAGAGAAACACUGCUCCAGACCGUAGUGUUCUGGGGCCGUGCGUUCUCACCGCCACCGUGAAACUAUAGUCAGACAAAUUAGCAAAGAUGGGACUUUUUUUUUUAUAAGUAACACUUUUAAGGUAUGUUGUAAUUCAUGGGUGAUUAGGCUUAAUCUAAGCUAAAUUCUAAAAGCAAAUUUUAUUAGUUUUUUUUUAAAGUCAUAAGAAAUCAUACUAUAUCCCAGUUUCUGUGUGUCUAAAUAAAGCAAUAUAUUAUUCUCUGUUUUCAUUUCUAUGAUUGUAAGAUGAGGGGGUCUAACUGUGGAGGCACUUGAUAAUCAAAUUUCUUUGUAUUUUUAUGGAAAAUAGUAGUAUUAAUUAUAAACAAAAUAUAGUCCCUUGGGACUUACAGCCAUUACUAUAUUCUUCGACUAACCUAUCCAUCUUUGCAGCUUUCUGGGAGUAAUUCUAUUUGUUAUUUGUCUUCUGAAAUGUACAUGUAUACAUGUACCUACUAAGUACUAUGUGAUUUUUUUUUUAAUGUAUAACUGUAGAAUGCUUUUGCAAAUUCAAUAAAGUUGUUAAAUUUGAACAGUU